AUGUCCGACGAUGCAGUGUUUUCACGGGUCAAUCUCUCCAUCGAUGUUCAUGCUCGAGUGCUCAUAUGUUGCCACGACGUAUGCCGCGUUGCCCUUUCCCCCAUCCCUGCUCAAGUCAGCCAGCAUCUCCGAAAGAAGCAUAAUAUACCUGCUGCUGAGCGACGUCUGGUGACCGAUCUCUUGAAGGCUCGCAUCCCACCACUACAGAGUCCAUCUGAAGCUCUUGUACGACAAGAUGGCUCAUCCCUAGACCCGAACCUGCACCUCGUACACGGGUUUACGUGCAAGUUCUGCAUCGAACGUACGGGCAGCUCGCAGGUCAUGUCUCGUCACAUAACUUCGGCGCACGAGAAGCAAAGACUCCAGCUGGGAGUGCGAAGGAAGGCCAUGUACGAACCUGUAUUCCUUCAAGCGUGGACUAAAAGUCCUUCGGGAGGACGUUACUGGAUUGUCGAAUAUGGCGGGUCUACAACCAGACCAGUCGGAGGCAAGGAAGUUUACGACCAUCUUAAAGAUGUUUUCGAGCGUGAGAGAGGCCGACAGAAAGGCUUGUCAGGUGAGGACUUAGCGAAUGGGAUUGGCACCACUAGGGACUCACAACCCACAACAUUCACGGAUCUCAGGCCCUGGCUGGAGAGAACCGGCUGGGAACGGACUUUUGAGGGAAUCGACCGAGAACUGCUGAGAAACCUAACCACCGCGCCCUCUCCUGCGACUUCACACCGGGGCCUGAUACUGAAAGGCAGUGGUAAUCGCUCUGGCCAUGUUCGUUCCGAUGAACGGACGAUAAGCUCGGCGGAUGACGAACGCAAAAUCACUGCUCUUAUCACCGCCGUGGACGUGGUAAUGGACCGCUGCGAGCAAACGGCGCGGACAACAGGCAGAAGUCUUCUAUGCUGGUUGCGUAGUGUACGUCCUCACGGGUGCUAUGCUAAGCCAUUCACAUUUGUGGGAAAGGCGGCAAGCAGGAGGAAAUAUAUCCGUCUCCUCAAACGCUUUGUCGCUAUGGUCUUUCGAGCUUAUCGCCUACCUGCGGGCAUCCGACAGCGCCAGGCCGGCAUCCGUUUCAAGAAAUCGCAGCUUCGAUUGAUAUCAGCACUGUGGAACCACGAGGCUUGGACCCAGCAUGAUGCUUUGACCGAGCAGCUCUGGCGAUCUAUGAAGCUAUCUGACGGGGCCGAUAUUGAGGUUGACUGGGAUGUAGAGAGCACUGAUGGAGAAGAAAAUCGCGAAGAUGAAGACGAAGAUGACAGCGACGAUCAGAGUAGUGCUAUGGGUUCUGGCGACUCUGAGACCGACGAUAUGAACGAUGGGGAAGAGGAGAGUGAAGGGGAAGAUCACGAUCAGAACGAGGAUCAGAACGGUAAGACUAGCGCGAUGAGAGAUUCUGGCGGGGAAAAAACACCACCCUGGAUCGAAGAGGUGCUGGAAUUCCUAUUCGGACUAAUCAUGGCAUUUUGUACGGAAGAAGUCAUGGAUGGCCGCCCAGAUUCAACGCUGCUGGUGUAUUUCAGUGGUGUCCUUGGAUUCUCGGCUGAUCUCACUGGUUUCCUUCCGGCCAGGUCAUACACGUCUAACCUUGCGGCACUGAUAUACAUACAGCGCCUUCUCUUCCUCGAGUACGCUUUACCAGCGCAGGGCUACCCUAGUCUUGGAAUUGCGAGACGCCCUCGGACGGGUCAGAUCGCACGGCUGCAGAAUGUUCGUCAGGAAUACCUUGUCCUCGGAUCACAGUCACCGUUCGAAGAGUUAUUUUCCCUACUCGCAUUCGGCAGGGCAAUAGCAGGCUCAGAAACACCUGCCUUCCUCCUCAAAUGGAGCGAUGACGGUCAGACUUUGUCAUACAGAGACGACAUUGCGGUUCACAUGGAACAGUUCCGACGUCUCCCGAAGGUGCUUUUGGCGCGCGCGGAGUCUCUUUGUGAGCAGUUGAUGUAUGGAUGGAAACCGCCAUGCGAUCUCUUUUCCAUUAAGGACGACAUGGCAAACACGACACACGGCUUUUCAUUCGUUAGUCACCCGAAGAACGGGCUGGCAGAGGCUUAUUUGGAACUCUCUUUGAAAGCUUGCACCAGUCAAGUGGGCCCUCUUUCGCGCAAAGGGCGAUGGGAUCAGAAGGCGAUACUCGCAUACCUGAAGAAGGAAGAAGCAUUGCGCGAGAUCCUGGCAGGUCUGAUGCUCACGACGUGCGGAGGUCAGCCCCGUUCACCAGACCUGCUCAAUGUCCGAGUGCGUAAUCACAGGACUAGCGAACGUGGUCUCUACGUAUACAACGGCUAUAUGAUCUAUGUCACUCGCAGCCAUAAGGCAAAGCGUUCGACCAAUAGGGAAUUCAUUGUCGCUCGGUUUUUCCCUUCUCAGGUCGGUCACUUGAUGUAUACACACCUUGUGUAUAUUCGUCCUUUUGUGGACAUGCUUGCUCGAGAGCAACAGCCACACGUCGAUGCCUGCUCUCCAUUUCUCUUCCGGAGCCGGCGCGAGUCUGACAGCCCCCAUUGGUCUACCGAACGCCUCACCAAUACCAUCAGGCGCUUCACACGAGAGGUUUGGGAUCAGGGUAUUACGCUGCGCCUCUUACGGCAGAUCUGCAUUGGGAUCGCUGAUAAGCACGUUCGUGAGUGGCUGACCACCCUGAAGAUCCCGCGAUACUAUGAUGUCAGGGGGGCCUGCAGCAUAUGUGGGCACGGAUGGCUCGUUUGUGACGAGAUGGCACGAGGAGAGCUAGCCCGUCAGAAAGCACGUAGUCAAGGGAGCAACAGCGGGAAGACAAACCUGAUGAAAGAGUAUGAUGCUGUGCCUGAUCCUGAUGGCUACUGUAUGAACAAACCAGUGGUUCGCAGAAUCAUCGCGGCGUUAUGCGCGUACGAUGAUCAGAUUCUCGGCAAGGUUUUGACGAAGAUGACGCUCGAUCACGAAGGCAUCGAUCUGGCUUCGGAGAGUCAGGCAAGGCACUGGCUAGAGCAGCGAAUGCGGUCUCUAGACAAUUGCUGGAUUUCUAGGCUCGUAGCAGCAGUUCGGCCCGGUGCCGGUAUCGAGUCGCAUUUCCGGCACGAGCAUCAAAUAACAGGACAGACGCUAAAGGACAUCAAGGACUACUACAGUACUAUGGAUUUGGCCGAUCCGAAACUCAGUCAACUGCCGGCUGACGGUAGUGCGGCAAUUGAACUGCUCGACGUACUACACGGUUAUAGCUGCGCCGCAUGCAGGUAUCUCACAACGGCACGGGAUAAUAUCACCCGUCACUGGAGAGAGACAGGACAUGAGGCCGCAGAGAAUCGAUGGACUGAAGUUCGAUUGCAAACUUGGAUGCGUAGAAAGCAUGCGCGGUACUGGAUCGUUCGAGACCAUAACGAUAUUGAUAAUGCGUCAGAUGGUACCGGCAUAACGAGAGAUAGCGCGAUGGAAAAGAUCAUUGCCGACAGCCAGGCCGAGCUUAAAGCAGAAGAUGCCAUGCGGCUCCGGAAGGGCGACUUGGAAGAGGAUAUGGACCGGGAUUCGGCAUGGGUGAAGAGACUAGGCUGGGUGAGGCACUUUGACUCCCGGGAUUUGCUUGAUAUUUUCGAAGCAGCCGAGUGGAUAAGGGCGAAGGCGGUGACAGCUGGGCGAGUCCGGCAAGAAGACGAGCAAGCGGCUCGGGAACGACAACUAUUGCAGCGGCUUGGGCAAAGCUUCGAUCGCGAGGUCGACCGCUGCUGCUGGCGACUUGAUAGCGUGCCGACAGAGACGCUUCAAUGGCUCGCCAGCAUAACGGCAACAAGUCCGAGUGGAAUGCCGUUUGGACGAAAAGGCAAAGAGGCAUCGAUGAGCAAGUAUCGGUCCGUUGGUCAUCGGUACUUGAGCUUUUGCUGGCGAGCAUAUCGCAUAGGACGUGAAGAGGCGUUUGAGCGGUGGGCUAUUCGCUUUACGGAUGAGCAGUGGAGCUUGCUGCGUGAUGUAGUAGACGAGCUCGAGGGCGACGGAUUUCCCAGCAGUCAUGAUAGCGGCUUCUGCAGCGGCAGAGGCAGGGAGGAUGAGAGCGAUGACGACGACGAUGAGGACAAAGACGACGAGGCGACGGAUGACGAGGGCAUGACAGCUCCGCAGCAUGGAGCGCUCGACAGGGCUGUUUAUUUAUUUAUUGUUGCUUCGAUCAAAGCUCAUGUCGGAGGCAAUGCAUAUACGAACCCGCUGCUAUGCUUUUGUGCAGCACUGGGCAUCCGACCACGCCCGCUUGGUUACACAGAGCCGCACUUAUACACCGGCAUGCUGGCAGCCGUGCUGUGGUGGGCUCGGCUGUUUUUUUUGGAGGCGAUGUUUGAGAACCAGCCCCGGGAUCAAGAUGAGCUCGGGGCAGAGACAGUGCUUGCAUUUCGGGAUCAACAUGCUACAUGGAUGUGUGUUGGCACUCACACCGUCGUCAGCACGAUCAUUGGGUGGAUGGCAUAUGGGAAAGGCUGGCGCAAGAAAAUGGGCGGGCAGCCGUCGAUACGAUGGGCCGAGAACGGAGAGGCGUUGUUCCAUAACGGCGAGCGGAUCAUGGUCGACGAUUUCACUCGUACGCUCCGUGGUCAGGUCGUUGAAGCGCAGAAGUUGCUGGAUCAACUGUUUGGAGGGACGUGGGAGAAGGUCAGCCAAAAGAUCAAUAUGGGCAGGAUUGCUGACAGCAUGGUACGGCUAGGGGCAGGCCAGUCGUUUGCGACUAACCCGAAGAAUGAUUGGCUGGAACCCGGGCCGGCUAAGGCGAUGAGGCUGAUGGAACCGUCGAUUUGGGACUCAGCACGAAACCGUUGGAAGCGACGUGGAGUCAAGAAGUGGCUUCGAGACUUGCGACUACUCCGUGAGGUGCUUAUAGUGCUCGUGCACACAUGGGGCGGACUCCCGGGUCGGGGUCCAGAGGUGACAACGCUGCGGCACUGCGACUCGUGGCAGCUCAUACGGAACAUCUUCGUGACAGACGGGCAGGUCAUGAUUGUCACAGACCGAGACAAGAUGAAGGCGAUCCGCGACAACGCCCGCAAGGUGGCACGGUUCGUCCCCGAGCUGAUUGGGCGCAUGAUAGUUGGAUACAUAACGUGGUUAAUACCGGCUGAACGGGUGCUACGGCGGAAGUGUAAGCUAGCCGAGCCGCGCGGAGAGCAGCUGGAAUUCAUGUGGAGAGAUGGCAGCUCGCAGGUGUGGGAUACCGACCGGCUCAGCAGACAGCUGGCGCGAGUGAUGCAGGCAGGCACGGGGGUCAGGAUUGGGGUGGGACGAUACCGGCCGAUCGCGAUCGAGAUGGGACGACGAAUCCGAGGGCUGGUCGCGAAGCAGCUUGAGAGCCGAAUAGAGGAUGAGGAUGAGGAUGACAGCAUCGAUAUCGAUCCGACGACAGGCGAGCCGGUUGACUGUGGAGGAAGCUGGAAUAUUGUUUGGGAUUUGCAGUCAACGCAUGGGACACGGAUCGCGAGGCAGCAUUAUGCCGUACAUAUUGGCUUCCCCGGGAAGCUGCAGCCGGAAAUGAUUGCAACGUUCAAGGAGAUCAGCAAGCUAUGGCAUCAGUUUUUAGAGGGGGAGAGUGCAGAAGAGAAGGGGCCGAAGCGCAAGGGCAAGCGCAGGGGUAAGCAUCAAGCGGAGGGGCAACAGGGUACUGACGGCUCGGCUCAGACGACCAGGCGUAAGCGGGCAAAGACUGACAGAGCGGGACGAGACGUGGAGGAGGACAUGGCCGACGGGUUGCGAACGCUACUGGGACCGGAGGCGACUUGGCGGUCCGACAAGCAAGCCGAGAGCAUGCGAUCGAUCAUGUCGUUGAAGACGGGUCAGACAGCGAUCAACGUGCUACCGACGGGGGCUGGAAAGAGCAUAUUGUUCAUGCUGCCGGCAGUGAUGCGGGAAACAGGGACGAGCAUCGUGGUGGUGCCGUUCGUGGCGCUCAUGGAUGACUUGGUCACGCGAGCAACGGCCAUGGGCGUCGAUUGUAUCCGGUUCAGGUCGUCACUACAUGCCGGGCGAGAGGGCGUACCGCGGGCAGCACGGCUGGUGGUCGUCAGCGCAGACAUCGUUUCCAGUGCUGAAUUUUCAGGAUAUGCAGACGGGUUACUAUGUGCAGGCUUGCUACAGCGAAUAUUCGUCGAUGAGUGUCAUACAGUCAUCAUGGAUAUCGGGUAUCGCGCCAAGCUAGCAGACGAUCAUUACCGUUCGCUUUCACCCGACCGCUCGAUAAGGGAGGACCCAACAUUCCCAGCCGCCGACCGAAUACAGGUGGAUCUUCCAUACCUCGAUAGCUUUAUUGAGGCUCUUCAGGCUCAGGAGACACGGAGCGGCCUCGACUUCCUUGAGUCGCAAACCACGACAUAUGAUCGUAUCUUUAAAACAUUGUUUACUGCCGAGUGUCACUGUUCAGGUUCACAUGAGACUCAUGAUCAUGCACGGUCUCAUAGCCUUCAAGAAAGGGCGCGGUUCCUCCAAAAUUCAUUACCACCGCUCACGACUGUCUUUGACGAGCGCUUUGCCCAUGAAGCCACCAAAUACCUUCGCCAAUGGAAGGAAUUUCUUUCCGAUGAACCUGCUGAGCCUUUAUCUUUCCACAAAACCGAAGCUACUCUGGAGCGUGGUCCAGCCCAUGUCGAACGGCGGUGGGACGUCGAUAGUAUUUGGUUUGGGCCCAAGAGCCUGCAGGCUGUCCGCAAACCCGGCAUUUUCCGCUUGUCUUUUAUGCCGCCGUUCAAACGCAAUCUGUCCACGGAUCAGGUAAUCCGGCCGCACGGCCUCGAUCUUGCCACUAGCCGACAUAUUCUGUUUGGAUCAGUGAACACAUCAGGGGUUCGCUUUGACGUAUAUCUAUUCUUCCCCGAGGCCUCCAAAGCGUCUGCAUCACGCAACGGAUUGUCUCUGGAUCGCCAGAAGGACCUCUACGACAGUAUAAUCAUCCCGGCGGCGUUUAGUAGCAUCUCUGAUCCUCUCCGCCAAGAACUUCCUAGUGCUACAUACCAAAAUCAACUUUAG